AUCGCAAGCUCCUACCACCACUAAAGUUGCCGUGGCCGUCGCAACACGACCGAGAGAGGCUGCCACUAGAAGUCGUUUUUAUUAUACGUUUAUUAAUUUAAUUUUAUAUCAAUUUGUUUCUUCCUUUAUCUAGUUGUUUUGCCUAAUGCAAGAUGUUUAAAAUAUAUUUUAUAUUAACGUUAUUUGUAUGUAAUGGGUACGGUUUGGAAAAUAUUGAUAAUUAUUUAAAAAUAUGUAACAGAAAUUCAUUGGAAGUUAACGAGUGUCUCAUAGAAGCAGUGCAUAAGGGAGUAAGGGACUUCGCUAGUGGAAAUAAAGAUUUGGGACUGCCCCCAUUGGACCCUUUCCUACAAAAAGAACUGAAAGUAGAAUAUAAAAAUAAUCAGAUUGAAGCGAAAAUGAAUAUGUUCGAUAUUUAUGUAAGUGGCCUCAGCACGUCUUCAGUUCGAGAUGCAAGACUAAAGGCGGACGAAGAGUCUUUCCAUUUGGAAGUAGAUAUGUUUACCCCCGAAGUAUUUAUCAAAGGAAAAUACGAAGGAGGUGGCAGUUACAAUUCACUCAAGAUCCUUGCUAAUGGAGAUUUCAAUAACACAAUGACUGAUCUAGUCUAUACGUGGAAAUUGGACGGUAAACCUGAAGUUAUAGAUGGAGUCACAUACAUAAGAAUUAAUUCGUUUUACAUGCGGCCCGAUGUCGGAUCUAUGAAGACUUACCUUUCUAAUGAAAACCCAGACAGCAAACCCUUAACCGAACUGGGGAUGCGAAUUACGAACGAAAACUGGCGUCUUCUUUAUAAAGAAAUGUUACCCUUCGCUCAAAGUAACUGGAACAAAAUUGGAACACGCAUAGCCAAUAAAAUAUUUUUAAAAGUGCCUUACGAUACCCUAUUCCCAAAUAAAUCGUAGUUCAUUACAUUAAUAUAAUAAAGAGUUGUUGUAAAUUAUUUAAUAAAUAUUUGAUUACAAGAAGAAA